AUGUUAUGUACGAUAGCGAAAUAUAUUGUCACGAUUACGUCCCGAACAAAAGUUAUCAAGUCAAAAGGACCGGCAAAACCGACAGGACGGGAUCAUUCAGAGGAUGAUGAAUUUUUGAAUAUUGCAUCGGAGGAGAAAAUUGAUAUGGAUUCAAUACGAGCUAGAGGAUUCUUAAAAUAUCGAUAUAAUUACAAACCACCAGAUGAUCUUGAGAGUCAAGUGAAGGAAGCUGUGAAUGAAGUUCUUAUUGAUAUAAAUGAUGAUAUACGAAGUAUCGAUCUUACAAAGGAUCGGCGCUUAAAAUUUCAGCUUCUCGAUUUGUUAGGUGAAAGAUUGUGUCAUGUAGUUCCCAACUCCGAAUUACAUCAAAUGAAAACAGUUGGUGAUUUAAUUGACUUCUACGGACGUCCGUUCCGAAAUCUUACUAAAUAUGCACAAAUGGUUCGCGGCAACAAACGUGAAACAGCUUUUCCUGGGAAAGGAGGUGAAGUGAUCAGUUUACGAAACAGGAGACUGUAUCGGCAGUUUAAACCGAAGAAAUAUUGGUUCGGUUUUGAAGAGGAAUCAUUUGAUUAUACCCGCCAAGACGAAGGAAUGCUCCGGGAUCCAGAAAUUGCGGAACGUAUGGAUCAAUAUCUAACAAAACGAUAUAAUUUGAAAACAAAAACAUUCAAGAAUAUAUGA